AUUUAGUUUUCAAGGAACCAAUUGAAGUUCUUCUGAGGGAAAAUGCAAUACUGAAACGUGCUGUAGCCAUUCAACAUGAAUGACAAAAGGAGUAUGAUGAGAGGAACGUAGAGGUGCAGCAGUUGAAACAGUUAUUAUCUCAAUAUCAAGAGCAGGUGAGGACACUUGAGGUGAAUAACUAUGCGUUAACAAUGCAUUUAAAGCAAGCUCAGGGAAGCAACUCCAUCCCUGGACGAUUCCAUCCUGAUAUCUUCUAAUAAAGAGGUGAAGUUUGAGUUCAUUAUUGGUCUAAUUUUUUUUUUUGGUCCCAAGAGAUCUACAUUUGCCAGAUUAAUGGCAAGUAGAUUAUAUGUUUUAAACGUCAAUUAAUGGUUGGUUAAUUUAAUGUGUAAGACCUCAGUUUAAUAUUUGCAAUAUUUGGUUCGCCAAACUUGGGCUUGCUUGCUUGCUUUUUCGCUUCGUAUUAAGCAUCUGCAAAUGCAAAACUUGGAUGUGUAUAUUCAUGAGAAACUCGAUAUUGAAAGAAGGAAAAACGGAUAAAUUUUUUGGGUUCUGCGAAUUCAUUGGAGAAGUCCAGAGGUUCUUCGGUAGAAAAUUGAAAUCCCUAAUUGUGAUCCUAACCAAUGACGGAUGUAGCAAAGGAGUUAACCGCCGGAACAAUAGGAGGGGCGACACAGUUGAUAGUUGGACACCCUUUUGAUACCAUCAAGGUCAAACUUCAAAGUCAACCCGUCCCUCCACCCUUUUGGCAACGGGAUUUUCAUCAAGCCUCAGGGAGGAAGUGAUAUGUCUAAGGAGGAAAGAAAGAAAUAUGUAAAGUAUUUUCCUGUGGUUUUAUGUGAUCUAUCAGCUCAUUUGAAUUUAGCGUACCGCAUGACAAUUGGUGGUUUGAAUGAGCUUCAAGCAGAGGCUGCAUUGGCGCUUAGGUGUAUCGAUAAAUGUAAAGAGGGAGGUUUUGUUGAGCUAUUUAUGGCCAAGGUUGACUUUCCUGCUAAAUUUGACUAUUGUAUGAGAUUAAACUUGAAGGGGAAGACUGAAGUUUCUGCACAAGGGUUCUGUUUGGAUAAUGAAUGCUGGAGACUAUGCGAGGACAAGCCACAGUCAAGCAUCCUCCCUUUCAUUAUGCAACCUGUGGCUGAAUAUCGGAAGACACCUGCCAACAUGAAGAAAACCACUGCUAUUGCUAACUGUUCAGAAGGUUUGUCGACUCUUGAAGAAAUAUUACACCAUGGUCGAGAAAAUAAGAAACACACGAAUGCUGAGUUCAAUUGUCGUGUGGCCAUUAAAGGCGUACGUAAUAGCGAAGAGUGGUUCAGACUUAUGUGUGGCGGAGGAAAAUGCAUGAAAGGUGUAUCGCGUGAACACGGGGAGCUGUGGUGUGCUGGUUGUGAAAACCCAGUUAUGUUUCCACAAGCAAGGUUCCAUCUUGAACUUGAGGUGCUCGAUUCCACGGCAAAUGCGGUCAUCAUGUGCUUUGAUGACACUGCACAAAUUCUAACAAACACCACUGCUGAGUCUAUACUCAAUGCGGAAUCGGGUCUCUCGCAUAUCUACACCGCUCCAGUCAUGAUACAGAACUCUGACGGUAGCAUCUCAACGCUCCCACACUGCUUACACUCACUUGUGGGCACCACCCGAACCAUCCAAGUUGAUACAUCCACAUACUACCAUCAUGGGGCCUUUGAGAGCUUCAACUGCAAGCGUGUGCUCCCGGACGAAACCAAUUGUGAAUCCGUUGGAUCUACCACUCCUACUCCCAUGACUAGGAAGGGUAAAGGGGUGAUGACAAUACCGACACCGGUAAAGCUCAAAGAAACAAUCAGAAAGUACAUCCCUACUUAUGAAGGUUCUGAUUCGGAUGAUUCUGUGGGUAACUACUGAGGGGAAUGUGGACUACAUGGCCAUGCAUUAGCGGCAAAAGAUUUCGUGAAUUAUUGAAUAAAACAGGAAGCUUUGUGAACUCCUUUAAGUUUUUUCCCUGUAAUGCAUGUUUUUAGACUUGGCAUACAUGUUUGUUCUUAAACAAAUUCCGCAAACAAAGUUCCUGUGCUAUGCACGCCUUACAUUUUGUGUGGCCGGCUUAUGGUACAAGCUCUUAUCACGUUUUGUAUGGCUUCUCUUACAUUGUCUUUUGGCUAA